UCUUCUUCUAGAAGACUUUCUUUUUUUUUUUAUUUUUGAAGAUUUACUAAUGCUGCGCUGCAAUUGGUCACCAGUGUCCAUCUGUAUUGGAUUUUGUACAAACUGCCUCGCGGCGCGUUAAGAUGGGGAAGAAGGCUGGUUACGGUGCGUUGCGAUACAGUUCAGCUGAAGCAAUGAAUUAGCAGCAAAAAAUCUGCAGAGCUUUGGGGGUUCGGAGAAGACCCCCCCCCCCCCUCCCGUGCUGUCAGGGAACUGGGCUGCUGGAUGAUCGCGGACCGCUCUGCGAGCUCUAAGACACGCUCCUCUAACGUCAGUGUCUCUGCCUCGCUUGUCACAUUCCUGCCUCGUACUGCCUGGUUUUCAUACAUCAGUUCUUCUUCUUCUUCUGUUCUUCUUCUUUUUCAGUGUGGAUUAUUUUUAUAAACCACUCGGGCUUCUGCGGGGGAAAAAAAAAAAAAAUGUACAUGUUCACAGUUUUAUAAAGAAAAAAAACCGGCAGCAGAUAUUCAUUCAUCGCAUCGACUGGACCCUUGAAAAAAGCUAAUUGAUCUGAAAUACCUCUGGUUGCUUCCGAGAUCCUUGAAAUGCUGGGAAGAAUCGGGGUGCUAUGCGUAUGCAACGGACUGUGUUCUUUUUUGGAUCUUAAUUUAAUGGAUUUUCUGAGCCACGUCUAGCAUCCAGUUAUACCGGAAUAUAUAACUGAUUUUAUUUUUCUUCUUAUUAUUUUUUCACCUUUAGAAUGUCUUUAGAAUUACUGCAUCGCGCUGGCUGCUUUUCAGUUUGUAUCCUCCAAUAAGUCUUAUCUGCCACAAUUAGCAGGCAAUUAUGAAUUGCUCUAAAUUGAAUCGUGACAGCCUCUUAUGAUGUGCAUUUUCUGUGCUUUAAUGCCACACGCCGCAAAAAUAACGGCAGAUGGAAUGAUGUCGAUGAAAAGCAAAUCUUUUUUGCACAAUAAGUGAAUCCGAUUAGGCAGCUAUAUUAAUCAUUGCUGUCCGUGAAGUGAUGCUUCUGGAGGCAAGACGCGCCUUUUGCAUCUGCUGUAUAACUUUUAAUGUAAUGAGCACGGCUGGCUAAUUUGCCCUAUGAUUAUGAAAGGCGCCGGUGUACAAAGAUUGUUGAUAUAAACUAUUAGAAAAAGACAGAAGAUAAAGAAGGAAAUAAAUAAAUAAUCAACAAGUAUGCUCUCUAAGGAAAUGGAUUUUUUUAUACAAGUUAUUCUGGUACUUUUCUUGUGCUGGGCUGGGGUGGAUUCUGUUAUCAAUUUGAGGUACUCCGUGGACGAAGACCAGAAAGCCGGGAGCGUGAUUGCGAACGUCGCGAAGGACGCCAAAGAUGCGGGCUUCGCGUUGGACACGCGGCAGCCCUCGUUGCGGGUCAUCUCCAACACCGCGCCGCAGCUGGUGGACAUCACCGCCGCCGGUUUCCUCAUCAACAAACAGAAGAUCGACAGAGACGUGUUCUGCAGACUCGUGCCCAAGUGCUUCAUCUCGCUGGAGGUGAUGUCCAGCUCCAUGGAGAUAUGUGUGAUCACGCUGGAGAUCAAAGACCUUAACGACAACGCACCGCUCUUCUCCAGAGACCACAUAGACCUGAACAUCUCAGAAACGGCCGCCCCCGGGACCAGGAUUCCCCUGGAGGGGGCGAGCGACCCGGACGCGGGGAGCUUUGGCGUUCAGACCUACGAGAUCACCCCCAAAGACAUGUUCGGCUUGGACAUUAAAACCAGGGGGGACGGAUCUAGGUUCGCUGAGCUGGUUCUGGAGAAGAACCUGGACAGAGAAACGCAGUCUCACUAUAGUUAUGUGAUAACAGCUCUGGAUGGAGGCGAUCCUCCAAAAUUCGACACGGUCACACUUAACAUUAAAGUUAUAGACUCAAAUGACAACAACCCUGUUUUUGACCAGGCUGUUUACACGGUGAAGGUGAUGGAGAACUCCCCCAAUAACACCGUGGUCAUUGACCUGAACGCCACGGAUCCGGAUGAAGGCACCAACGGCGAGGUGGUCUACUCCUUUAACAGCUACGUGUCGGAGAAGACCAGGGAGCUAUUUAAAAUAGACCCCCUGACGGGUGUCAUCACAGUCACAGGGCUUUUGGACUACGAGAGCGUCAACACGUACGAGAUUGACGUGCAAGCCAAAGAUCUGGGUCCCAAUUCGAUCCCCGCGCACUGCAAGGUGGUGGUCAACGUGAUGGACGCGAACGACAACGUGCCUGUGAUCAAGAUGCUGUCCGCAAACAGCGAGGUGGUGGAAGUGAGCGAGAACGCGCAGCUGGGCUAUGUCAUAGCACUGGUGCGCGUUUCGGAUCGGGACUCGGGUGCGAACGGGAGGGUGCAGCUCAGGCUGCAGGGAAAUGUGCCUUUCAGGCUCCAGGAGUACGAGAGCUUCUCCACCAUCCUGGUGGACGGGAGGCUGGACAGGGAGCAGAGGGACACGUACAACCUGACGAUCCAAGCGGUGGAUGGGGGGACACCUCCACUGAAGACCACGAAAUCGCUCACGGUGAGGGUGAUGGAUGAGAAUGACAACCAUCCGCACUUCUCCAAACCCCACUACCAGGAAAUGAUCCUGGAGAACAACACCCCAGGCGCCUACCUUCUCUCGGUUUCGGCAAAGGAUCCAGAUUUGGGGUUGAACGGUACCGUGUCCUAUCAGAUCAUCCCGUCCCAGGUUCGAGACAUGCCGGUGUUCACCUACGUGUCCAUCAACCCCACAUCAGGCGACAUCUACGCGCUGCGGUCCUUCAACCAUGAGCACACCAGGACUUUUGAGUUCAAAGUUCUGGCCAAAGACGGGGGCAACCCGUCUUUAACGAGCAACGCGACGGUGCGCAUUGUCAUUCUCGACGUGAACGACAACACCCCGGUGAUGACCACGCCGCCUCUCAUCAACGGCACCGCGGAGGUGUCCAUCCCCAGAAACGCGGGAGUUGGCUACCUGGUGACCCAAGUAAAAGCCGACGACUACGACGAAGGGGAGAACGGCAGGCUCACGUACUCCAUCUCCGAGGGGGACCGCGCGUUUUUCGAAAUAGACCAGGUGAACGGAGAAAUACGCACGACCAGGACGUUCGGGGAGAACGCGAAGACGAGCUACGAGAUCACCGUGGUGGCCCAUGACCACGGCAAGACCUCCCUGACCGCGUCCGCCUUCAUCGUGAUCUACCUGUCCCCAGACAUCGACGAGCAGGAGUCCAUAGGACCCGUGAACCUGUCCCUCAUCUUCAUCAUCGCCCUGGGCUCCAUCGCCGCCAUCCUCUUCGUCACUAUGAUAUUUGUGGCGGUUAAGUGCAAGAGGGAUAACAAGGAGAUUCGAACCUACAACUGCAGUUUCUUCUACCUGCGCAGAGUGGCUGAAUAUUCCUAUGGCAACCAGAAGAAGUCGAGCAAGAAGAAGAAGCUCAGCAAGAACGACAUCCGUUUGGUGCCGCGCGAUGUGGAGGAGACAGACAAGAUGAACGUGGUGAGUUGCUCGUCUCUCACCUCCUCGCUCAACUACUUCGACUACCACCAGCAGACCCUGCCUCUGGGCUGCCGGCGCCCAGAGGGCACCUUCCUCAACGUGGAGAACCAGAAUGCACGCAACGCUGCCCCCGGCCACGGCUACCACCACUCCUUCAGUGGGCAGGGCCCGCAGCAGCCCGACCUCAUCAUCAACGGCGUACCACUGCCAGAGACAGAAAAUUAUUCCAUCGACUCCAGCUAUGUAAACAGCAGAGCGCACCUCAUUAAAAGCACCUCAACAUUCAAGGACAUGGAAGGGAACAGUCUCAAGGACAGUGGGCAUGAAGAGAGCGACCAGACCGACAGUGAGCAUGAUGUCCAGAGGGCCCUGUACCCUGACACUGCGGUCAACGAUGCCCUGAACGUGGGCGCGCCGCCUGGGGGCUGCCAGCGGCUAGAGCAAGAGCCAACAGAGAGCUUUCACUGCCAGGAUGAGUGCCGUAUCCUAGGCCAUUCAGACCGGUGCUGGAUGCCUCGCCUGCCUGCCCACGUCAAAUCACCAGAGCAUAGCAGCAACGUCAUUGCCCUACCCAUCGAACCACCGGCCCCAGAGGCGCCCCACUACGAGGACUGCGGUACCAAAAGGACUUUCGCCACCUUUGGCAAGGAUGGCCCAGAAGAGCUGGAGAGGGCCGAGGCAAGGGCACGGCGGACAGUGGAGGCACCGGCAUGCAGCCCCAAGGCUAAUGGGGCAGUGCGGGAAGCAGGUAACGGGCGUGAAGUAUCCAGCCCUCUCUCCUCUCCUGUGCACCUGAAGAGCCCCCUGGCCAAGGCACCCUCUGUCUAUGGCACCCUGAAGCGACGCGAUGCCGAGCGCAUCGCCCACCAUGGCCUGCUGCGGCAGCCGGAGGGGAAGGACUGUGAGCCUGCCAUCCAGGAGAUCGGCCAAGGCAUGCAUGACCACCGGGAGAAGGACUCCCCUGGGACCAGGCGUCUCAAAGACAUUGUGCUCUAGGGCAAUCCGUUGGGCGAUGAGCUACGAAGAUCACGGACCCCAGUGCUUCAACACACGCCAACCACCUGAUUUGUGCUUGUGUAUGUGACAUUAUGAAAGAGACAGAGAGACAGCUACUUUACUUACACACCUACACGUGGAUGGAGUUUUACAUAGAUGGAGUCUGAUCUGGCUGUUUGCGAAAGAAAAAUAGACCCAGAGGCUUUUACACACAGUGUUUUCCUCCUCCGGAUGCGACAAGACAAGGGGAUUACUGGUUACUGUGUAACACGCCAAAUCCCCUCAGCAUUUUUUUUCUUUUUAUUUUAGUUUUUCUUCCAAGAAGCUGGUUAGAACUUUGAACACCUGUAAGAAUGGACCUCAGUUCAGUCAUUCCAUUUUAUUUUUGUACUUCAGUUAAUACAGCCUUUUUGGUUUGUGGUUUGUUGUUUCAGUUUCUUUAAAGUGAACUGAUUUGACCACAAAUACAUAACGGA